AUGUCGAUAGUACCUGCCUCGACGUCGCUCGCCGCAGCCUCCAGAGCCGCACGCCUCUCUUUCCUGUAUCCCGGCGCUUCCUCGUGCACCGUCUCAACACUCAGCCGCACCUACACAACCCGCAGCAGAAGAAGGGCAACGGCUGAGCACCUCAGACAGCCAUCCUCAUCGCGACAUGUCAUGCCGUCAACCGCCACUGCCGCCGCUCCGAGAUGGCUGUCCACGCCCGCCAUCCCUUCGACGUCCACAUUCUCAUCGCGUGCACACCCAGCCCCUGCAUCCAGUCCUUCCGCUUCGUCGUCCAGACUAGCCGCAUGGCGCUCUUUCGGCUCUUCGUCGGCAUCCUCCAAGCCCUCAUCGGAUCCCGCUCGUGCCUCGAGCAGCGACACGGCCGCUGUGGACCCAGCAUGCGCCACCCUGUCUCCCUCUUCGCCUGCCGCGCCAAAGUCGCAAAAGGAUCCUCGCGCUCCGACGCCAUCCCCCGCCACACCCGCUCCUACCGCCGCAGAUCCAGCUCCUACAACCAACCUCACACCCUCCAAAGCUGCCGAGCUAGCAAGCGACCCCAGCGUCGCCGCCACCAUGCCCCAAGCAACCGCAGCCGCCACUCCUCCUCCCAAGAAGGCUUCCUCAGAUCGAGGCACCAAGUUCCGCUCCCGCACCGCCGCUCUCAAGCUCACUCCCACCGCUGUGCUUCGACUGCGUGCACUCAUGGACUCCGACUCGGGUCCCAAGAUGAUCCGCGUCGGCGUCCGCAACAAGGGCUGCGCCGGCAUGUCCUACCACCUCGAGUACAUCAAGCCACAGGACGCAGGUCGAUUCGACGAGCGCGUCAAGCAGGACGGCGUAGAAGUCCUCAUCGACAGCAAGGCGCUCUUCAGCAUCAUCGGCAGCGAGAUGGACUGGCAGGAGGACCGCCUCAGCGCAAAAUUUGUCUUCAACAAUCCAAAUGUAAAAGAAGCCUGCGGAUGUGGCGAGUCCUUCCUCACAUAG